AUGCCCCAACUUGAGCCGGGCCAGGCCCUUGUUCGGCUGUCACAUACAGGAGUCUGCCAUUCGGACCUUUCCUUAAUCAAUGGAGGAUGGAAUCGACAGAUGGUUUGCGACGUACCUGGUCAUGAGGGAGUAGGCGAGGUGGUCGCCUAUCAUGGCGACACGGAUCCAUCUACAGUGCCGCCGCUGGGGACCAAGGUUGGCGUUCCAUUAAUUCGACGCCCUUGUGGAACCUGCAUGCCCUGCAAACUCGUCGACGGUGAAGUGAUGUGUCCCCACAGCGGGUUCAACGGUUUGGAGACCAACGGCACAUAUCAACAGUACAUAUCGGUAUAUACCUCGUACCUCGUGUUACUGCCAGAGUCGCCAACAAUCGGAGACGCUCUUUUUGCACCGGUCCUCUGCGGAGGUGUCACUGCGUACAAGGCACUGAAGAAGUGUGGCGCCGGGAAGGGAGACUGGGUUGUCAUUGCAGGAGCUGGAGGCGGACUGGGCAGCUUCGCGGUGCAGUACGGCGUAGCGAUGGGUAUGCGUGUUAUUGGGAUUGACACAGGUGAAGAGAAGAAGGAGGCCACGCUGAGACUCGGCGCUACAGCUUUUGUCGACUACCGCGGAGAGGGUGAGGUGCCCCAGAGAGUCAACGAUCUUACUGGCGGCGCCGGUGUUAAAGCCGCCAUCGUUCUUGCGCCCAGCGAGGUGACAUACAACCAAGCCCUGCUGUAUGUUGGUUAUCAGGGGUGCAUUGUGUGCGUUGGACUUCCUCACGAGGACGUCCGGAUGGCUGUGCCGCCAGGCCUUGUUAUCCACCGCGACAUCACCAUCCGUGGAUCCAUGGUUGGCACCCGCAAGGAUAUUGCUGAGGCACUUGACUAUGUAGUUCGUGGGCUUGUGAAACCCGAUGUGGUAGUUCACCAUCCCGAGGACAUUGUACAGAUCUACCAGAAGAUGGAAAAGAACAAUGUUGUUGGUCGAGCAGUGCUGGAGUUUAGUCGUUUUGAAUAA